UUGUAUUGACAGCUAUUAAAAAACUUUUGUACUUGCAUUUAUUUGAAUUUGACCUACGAACCGUGAUAUCAAGUCGUGUUUUCGAAGUGGUUCGCGAAAAUAUAUUGCCUAGGUCUCUAGUACAUUUUUUUCAUUUAUAAAAUAUGUCUAACAUUGUAACUGUAAACACAAAUCCUUACGAAGGACAAAAGCCGGGAACGAGUGGUUUACGUAAAAAAGUUAAAGUUUUCCUACAAGAAAACUACACGGAAAACUUUAUUCAAAGUAUUUUAGAUGCUAAUAAAGAUGCUGUAGUGGGUUCUACUCUUGUAGUUGGCGGUGAUGGCAGAUAUCUGGUAAAAGAAGUUGUUGAUAAAAUUAUAAAAAUAUCAGCUGGCAAUGGGGUAGCAAGAUUACUGGUUGGUCAAAAUGGAAUCCUAUCUACACCUGCCGUGUCCCAUAUCAUCAGGAAAUACAAAACAUUGGGUGGCAUUGUACUGACCGCAUCUCACAACCCCGGCGGCAUCAACAAUGACUUUGGCAUCAAGUUCAACUGCAGCAAUGGUGGUCCAGCGCCUGACGGUACCACCAACGAAAUAUACAAGCUUACCACUGCCAUCAAACAGUACAAGAUUGUUCCGGACAUUAAGUGUGAUAUCGAUACUAUUGGAGUACAAAGAUUUAAGGUUGGCGACAAUGAAUUUGUAGUGGAAAUAAUAGACUCAGUGAAGGACUAUGUCGAGUACAUGAAGGAGAUAUUCGACUUCCCAAAGAUAAAAGCUCUCCUGCAGGGUUCUGGAGGAAAGAAACCCUUUAAGAUUCUCAUUGAUGCUAUGAAUGGAGUAACGGGUCCAUACGUGCGUCGUAUCUUCGUUCAAGAGUUGGGCGCGUCAGAGCAGAGUGCUCGUAGGGCUGACCCCCUCCCUGACUUUGGGGGCGCCCACCCUGACCCCAACCUGACAUAUGCGGCAGACCUUGUCGAAGCCGUGAGAAAUGGGGACUAUGAUUUUGGAGCAGCUUUUGAUGGGGACGGUGAUCGCAACAUGAUAAUUGGCCGGGGAGCGUUUUUCGUGACUCCAUCAGAUUCCCUAGCAGUGCUGGCAAGUUUACUCCAGCAUAUUCCCUACUUCCAACGCAGUGGAGUGAGAGGGUUUGCCCGCAGUAUGCCCACUGCGGCUGCCGUGGACCGCGUCGCUCAAGACCUGGGGAAGGAGAUGUUCCAGGUGCCCACUGGUUGGAAGUACUUCGGCAACCUGAUGGACGCUGGCCGUCUUUCUCUGUGUGGUGAAGAGAGCUUCGGUACGGGUUCAGACCACGUUAGAGAGAAAGAUGGGGUUUGGGCAGCUUUGGCUUGGCUCUCUGUUCUUGCUGCUACUGGUCAAUCCGUGGAGGGCCUGCUGGUAGCCCAUUGGAAGAAGUACGGCAGGAACUAUUUCACCAGAUACGAUUACGAGGAGUGUGCCAGCGACCCUUGCAAUGAUAUGAUGCAAGAGUUAGAAAAGAAAAUAACAGAGCCAGGGUUCGUGGGCUCCAAGCACACUUCCGGAGACAAGACAUACGUCGUUGCGUUAGCUGACAACUUCUCUUACAUGGACCCCGUAGACCGCAGUGUGGCCAUGAAGCAGGGUUUGCGUAUCAUGUUUGAAGACGGUUCCAGGGUGGUAUUCCGUCUCAGUGGAACCGGUAGCUCAGGAGCUACAGUGAGAUUAUACAUAGAUUCAUACGAAGAUAAGGACGUCCUGGGCGAUGCUCAAAUGAAACUGAAGCCGCUCAUAGACGUCGCUCUAGAAAUUUCUCAACUACAGAAUUACACCGGCAGAGACGCACCUACAGUCAUCACAUAAACACAAAUAUAAUAAAAUUACCCCAAAAACACCAAAAUACUAACUACACUCCCUGUUACCUAUUUUUGUUAUUGUAGGUUAAGCUAGAAACUUUAUAUGCCUAAGUUUCUGCAAGAAAAACUUAUUUGGCAGAAAGCCAUCGUGUAUAGAAUACAGAGAUAUUAUCAAAUCAAAUAUAUAUAUAAAAAAAGAAAGUUUUUGCAAGAUUUUCUAAGUUAUCCAGUACCUCUGUAUAGAUUUCGCUCCUAAUACGGAACUUUUGUCAGACUAUAACAAUAAAUGUACUGAAAACUGUA